AAAGACGCGCGAGCAUCGGCGGCCCGGAACCGGCCUUGGAACAACGGUGGAGCCUGAGGCCGCUUCCCCUCCCGCCCCAUGGAGCGGCCCCCGGGGCUGCGGCCGGGCGCGGGCGGGCCCUGGGAGAUGCGGGAGCGGUUGGGCACCGGCGGCUUCGGGAACGUCUGUCUGUACCAGCAUCGGGAACUUGAUCUCAAAAUAGCAAUUAAGUCUUGUCGCCUAGAGCUAAGUACCAAAAACAGAGAACGAUGGUGCCAUGAAAUCCAGAUUAUGAAGAAGUUGAACCAUGCCAAUGUUGUAAAGGCCUGUGAUGUUCCUGAAGAAUUGAAUAUUUUGAUUCAUGAUGUGCCUCUUCUAGCAAUGGAAUACUGUUCUGGAGGAGAUCUCCGAAAGCUGCUCAACAAACCAGAAAAUUGUUGUGGACUUAAAGAAAGCCAGAUACUUUCUUUACUAAGUGAUAUAGGGUCUGGGAUUCGAUAUUUGCAUGAAAACAAAAUUAUACAUCGAGAUCUAAAACCUGAAAACAUAGUUCUUCAGGAUGUUGGUGGAAAGAUAAUACAUAAAAUAAUUGAUCUGGGAUAUGCCAAAGAUGUUGAUCAAGGAAGUCUGUGUACAUCUUUUGUGGGAACACUGCAGUAUCUGGCCCCAGAGCUCUUUGAGAAUAAGCCUUACACAGCCACUGUUGAUUAUUGGAGCUUUGGGACCAUGGUAUUUGAAUGUAUUGCUGGAUAUAGGCCUUUUUUGCAUCAUCUGCAGCCAUUUACCUGGCAUGAGAAGAUUAAGAAGAAGGAUCCAAAGUGUAUAUUUGCAUGUGAAGAGAUGUCAGGAGAAGUUCGGUUUAGUAGCCAUUUACCUCAACCAAAUAGCCUUUGUAGUUUAAUAGUAGAACCCAUGGAAAACUGGCUACAGUUGAUGUUAAAUUGGGACCCUCAGCAAAGAGGAGGACCUGUUGACCUUACUUUGAAGCAGCCAAGAUGUUUUGUAUUAAUGGAUCACAUUUUGAAUUUGAAGAUAGUACACAUCCUAAAUAUGACUUCUGCAAAGAUAAUUUCUUUUAUGUUACCACCUGAUGAAAGUCUUCAUUCACUACAGUCUCGUAUUGAGCGUGAAACUGGAAUAAAUACUGGUUCUCAGGAACUUCUUUCAGAGACAGGAAUUUCUCUGGAUCCUCGGAAACCAGCCUCUCAAUGUGUUCUAGAUGGAGUUAGAGGCUGUGAUAGCUAUAUGGUUUAUUUGUUUGACAAAAGUAAAACUGUAUAUGAAGGGCCAUUUGCUUCCAGAAGUUUAUCUGAUUGUGUAAAUUAUAUUGUACAGGACAGCAAAAUACAGCUUCCAAUUAUACAGCUGCGUAAAGUGUGGGCUGAAGCAGUGCACUAUGUGUCUGGACUAAAAGAAGACUAUAGCAGGCUCUUUCAGGGACAAAGGGCAGCAAUGUUAAGUCUUCUUAGAUAUAAUGCUAAUUUAACAAAAAUGAAGAACACUUUGAUCUCAGCAUCACAACAACUGAAAGCUAAAUUGGAGUUUUUUCACAAAAGCAUUCAGCUUGACUUGGAGAGAUACAGUGAGCAGAUGACGUAUGGGAUAUCUUCAGAAAAAAUGCUAAAAGCAUGGAAAGAAAUGGAAGAAAAGGCCAUCCACUAUGCUGAGGUUGGUGUCAUUGGAUACCUGGAGGAUCAGAUUAUGUCUUUGCAUGCCGAAAUCAUGGAGCUACAGAAGAGCCCCUAUGGAAGACGUCAGGGAGACUUGAUGGAAUCUCUGGAACAGCGCGCCAUUGAUCUAUAUAAGCAGUUAAAACACAGACCUUCAGAUCAUUCCUACAGUGACAGCACAGAGAUGGUGAAAAUCAUUGUGCACACUGUGCAGAGUCAGGACCGUGUGCUCAAGGAGCUGUUUGGUCAUUUGAGCAAGUUGUUGGGCUGUAAGCAGAAGAUUAUUGAUCUACUCCCUAAGGUGGAAGUGGCCCUCAGUAAUAUCAAAGAAGCUGACAAUACUGUCAUGUUCAUGCAGGGAAAAAGGCAGAAAGAAAUAUGGCAUCUCCUUAAAAUUGCCUGUACACAGAGUUCUGCCCGGUCCCUUGUAGGAUCCAGUCUAGAAGGUGCAGUAACCCCUCAGACAUCAGCAUGGCUGCCCCCGACUUCAGCAGAACAUGAUCAUUCUCUGUCAUGUGUGGUAACUCCUCAAGAUGGCUUAAGAUGUGCCGUAUCCAAAGCCAGUGGCUCUUUGCUAGCUUGUGUAUUGUCGCUUUUCUCACAACUCAUGGAGACCUCUACAGCACCAGCAUUUCCUGGAAGCUCUGCCCAUAAUUAGUUUUGCAGAAGUGCAGCCAUGUUACAUCACUGCUCAGGAGGUCAUGCAGUUGCACAUUCUGUACUCCACUUUUAUGAGAGAAAAGCACAUGGCAGGAAGGCAAGCUGAUAUCAGGUAUUUUAUUUUUUUAAAGAAAGCAAGUUCCAGGGUAUAUAUCUUGGGGUCAUUAUACAUGUGGCCCAAUGCAGUACACCUACAACUGUAGCACAGGCUAUAAUUAAAUAUAUAGACUUUACAAAAUACUCCAGUAAUCAGAGUUGAAGGAAGUAAAAUUUAAUACUUUACUUACUUUUUUGCCUUUAUUAAAGGCAUUUAAGUUUUUUAGCGGAUGUUAAUGUUUACAAAUGUCACCACAAUACAGGUAAUUUCCAAUUUGAAGUGUGAUUGUUUGCAAAAGUAUACCUGACAGAUAUUUUCAAUGUAUUUUCUAGAAGGAACACAUUAUAUUUUGUUUUGAGACGGAGUCUCACUCUGUCGCCCAGGCUGGAGUGCAGUGGCACAGUCUUGGCUCAUUGCAACCUCCGCCUCCCAGAUUCAAGCAGUUCUCCUGCCUCAGCUUCCCGAGUAGCUGAGAUUACAGGCACGUGCCACCAUACCUGGCUAAUUUUUGUAUUUUAGUAAAGACGGGGUUUCACCAUGUUGGCCAGGCUGGUCUCGAACUCCUGACCUCAAGUAAUCCACCUGCCUCGGCCUCCAAAAGUGCUGGAAUUACAGGCAUGAGCCACCAUGUCCAGCCAGAAUACAUUGUAUAAGAAAAUUGAUUUCGAUUAUAAUGUACCUGUGGUACUUAACUACCAAGGAUUGGGAACUGUUUGACAAUUUUUCCAUCUAUUGGAUAAGAGCUGAAUCAGAAUGUCAUUCUCAGCUAAUAGUGGCUAUCAUCCAUGACCUAAAACUGACUCUUGUUAGGGGACUGAGGAUUGACAAAGGGAGAAUAUAGAGGCCAUAUAGAAGAGGACAGCAUGAAGGUAGAAACCACAAUCAGGACUGCCUUCAAAUAUGAACUUCCAGGGAUACUUCUUGGUUCUGGGUAGCUCCCCCACCACACUGUUUUCUUUUGCUGUCCUCAGGAAUCAGCUUGCUUGUUUUGUUUCAUUGCUAUCAUCUGUAGUUUCUAAUGAGUUUUUCACUUUCUGUGAUCUCUACAAAACAGAUUUUACUUUUCUCUCUUCUCCCCUACAUUUGUGUCUGUGAAGUAUGCAUGCUGGUGUUUUUACUACUUUUAAGGAAAGAGAAGUAUUUAGAAACAAAAAGAGGUAUUUCAUCUGUCUUUGCCACAAGGAUUUUUUCCUCCCCAGUUAAACAUUUUCAGGGGAAAAACAAGUUGUACAUAAGUGCCUCUUACGUUUCAGAGGAAAGUCAGAUUGCUGAGUUAUAGUGGACUUCUUAUCAUUAGAGUUAGGUAGAGGUAGAGGCAGCAGCCUGGUCUUAACAGGACUCUGCCUCUGUAGGGAGGGAUGAGGAAACUAAAGACUACAGGAGUCAAUUGCACUGGGGUACUGGGUUACAGGAAGGCUAGUGAUCAUGCUAACCUAGAAGACUAGAAAGUAGAGGAAAUUCAUAUGCCCUUUUGCUGAGUUUGAAAAGGCUUUGUUCUUUCAUCUCACAGGGAGACUUCAGCACAAAUGAUAGAAGAAAAUUUGAACUGCCUUGGCCAUUUAAGCACUAUUAUUCAUGAGACAAAUGAGGAA